AUGCCAGCUAAGAUGCAUUCCAACUACCCCUCCGACACCGAGACUGCCGACUUGAGAGACUCUACUACGGAGUCAGGCUAUGUCAGUGGUGGCUCAAGCGAAGAAUAUCUACCAGAGAUAGUCUUCACCAAGCCCCAUCUUCAAUUUCUCAACCGACAGCUCCAAUUCCUCGAACCUCAAGAUGUCCUGAGAUGGUGUGUUACGUCUCUGCCUCACCUGUUCCAAACCACUGCGUUUGGGCUUACAGGUUUGGUGAUCAUGGACAUGCUAUCCAAACUGGAAAUCCCCCGCCCUCAGAUGGUCAACCUCAUCUUCCUCGACACUCUCCACCAUUUCCCAGAAACACUCCAGCUUGUCGACAACAUCCGCAAGAAGUACCCGCUACAGUACAUCCAUGUCUACAAGCCUGAGGGUGCUGAGACCGAAGCUGAAUUUGCCAAGAAGCACGGUGACAGUCUCUGGGAAAAGGACGACCAGCUUUAUGACUGGGUUGCAAAGGUCGAGCCUGCCCAACGUGCCUACCGUGAACUCAACGUCCACGCUGUCUUGACGGGACGUCGGCGCAGCCAAGGAGGCAAGCGUGGUGAUAUGGACAUCAUUGAGGUCGACGAGGCCGGUCUCAUCAAACUUAACCCUCUUGCCAACUGGACUUUCGACCAGGUGAAGCAGUAUGUCCAGGACAAUGAUGUUCCUUACAACGUGCUUCUGGACAGGGGCUACAAGAGUAUUGGUGACUACCACUCUACAUCCCCCGUCAAGGAGAACGAAGACGAGCGUUCCGGCCGCUGGAAGGGCCAGGCAAAGACUGAGUGCGGUAUCCACAACCCUCGAUCCAAGUAUGCCCAGUACUUGAUGGACAUGGAACGCAAGCGACAAGAGGAAGCUCUAUCUCAAGCAUUUCAAAGCCAGAUCACAUCCGCUCAAUGA